UGUGACAUUAGGAGGGGCUUUGUGGUCGGAAGGUUAAUUCGGUGAUGCAUCUUUUCCUGUGAUGCUGAAUGCUUAUAAGCCUACUGUUGCAUGUCAUCGUUGAGCACAUUAGAAGAUCACAACUGAAGCCUGUCAGACAUGGAAAGCUUUUUGAGAGUGCUGUGCAUUGGCCUUGCCACCGGGCUGCUCUUCGCCACCCUGGGGGAAGGCACACCCAUAGACUGCUGUCAGAAAACCUCCACCACGAGACUCCAGCUGUCCAAAAUCAAACACUACCACAUGCAGAAGGUUGGACUCUGCCCAGUGGAUGCUGUUGUGUUUACCACAGUUAAAGAUGUCCGCGUGUGUUCUGACCCUAGGAGGCCCUGGGUAAAGAAAGCUGUGCGAUACAUUGACUCAAUGAAGCAGAAAACUACAGCAGUACUGACCACCCAAGGCAUGAAGCAGCAGACUACACCAGUACUGACCACCCAAGGCAUGAAGCAGCAGACUACAGCAGUACUGAAAUGAAUGACGUUCUCGCCACUCACUGCUCAUGAUAAAAUAUAAUUCCAGAUUUACAAUAUAUGUAUUCAGCGCUUUGGGAAUGUACUGCUUAAAACUGCAUUUCAACAUAUGUGAUAAUUAUAACGCAAUGCAUGGCAAACCGGUUUAGUUCCUCGGUUUUUCUUUGGGCCAACAAAAACAAUGUCUGUAAAAGGUAUAUAUAUUCAUGUAUAUAACUGGAUGAAAAUGAGUAUGGCAACCACCAGGUCUUCUCAAGUAAAUGAGUUACUGGGGUCUCCUAAAAAUAUGCACUUCUGGGUAUUUUGUAAGGAGUUGGUAUUGUAUGGACUUUGGACAUUGAAGGAGCUAGUAUUUUACCUUCUCGCUGAAGACACUUAUUUGGGGGGUUAAGAUUUACGUAUACGUAUACUUUUUUGUUAUUAUGCAGAAAGUGCAUAAUGAAUAGUUUGAAUAUUAUUGUAAACAAUGUCAUCACAACCUUGAUGUAUCUGUCUACUAAUAUUUUAUAUCUUAUUUUUAUGUUUUGUACCUUAGCUGAAAGCUACAUAUUUAUUCUAAUGGUUAUGAUUAAAGUCAGGUUUCUACUGAGAAAAA